AAUCCUGGAACCGUUCCAGCUGCAACAUCGAAGCUUUCACCUCUUCCCCCUGAGCCGUAUGACCGCGGUGACACCAUCGAUGUUCCUCUAGGCUCUGGAAAGGAUCUGAAAGCCAAGGAGAAGGAACUCCACGCAAAAGAGGCUGAAUUGAAGAGGCGGGAGCAGGAACUCAAGCGGAAAGAAGAUGCUAUAGCACAAGCCGGGAUUGUGAUAGAAGAGAAAAACUGGCCACCUUUUUUUCCUCUCAUCCAUCAUGACAUUUCGAAUGAGAUACCCAUUCAUCUGCAGAGAGUCCAGUAUGUUGCAUUCACAUCAUUGCUGGGUCUUGUGGUGUGCCUGUUAUGGAACAUUGUGGCAGUUACCACCGCGUGGAUUAAAGGAGAAGGUCCAACAAUAUGGUUUCUGGCUAUUAUCUAUUUCAUAUCGGGGGUUCCUGGAGCAUAUGUUAUGUGGUAUCGCCCUCUUUAUCGUGCCAUGAGGACUGAUAGUGCUCUGAAGUUUGGAUGGUUUUUCUUCACGUAUCUGUUUCACAUAGGGUUUUGUGUGUUUGCGGCGGUGGCUCCUCCAAUCAUCUUCAAAGGAAAAUCGCUGACGGGAAUAUUGCCGGCGAUUGACGUGUUGAGCGGGAAUAUAUUGGUCGGGAUAUUCUACUUCAUUGGGUUUGCGUUCUUCUGCCUGGAGUCACUUGUGAGCAUUUGGGUUAUUCAGCAAGUGUACAUGUACUUUAGGGGGAGCGGGAAAGCAGCAGAGAUGAAGCAGGAGGCAACAAGACGAGCGAUGAUGGCAGCUCUCUGA